CUCGGACUCGCCCAAAGAGUUACGAGGAGCCCGCGGCGGAAACGCUUCUUACAGGAAGAGCGCCGAAGAAGGCGCAAGAUGUCACAUGCGAUGUCUGGCGCCUCGCAGGCCGAACGACACUGAGCUGCGGUCCACGCAGGCACUCGUCUCGACGGGACAUCAGCGAGAGGACAUGCGCAAAGUAUCGGAGGGCUGAGAGUGCCGGGACUUAAGCACGAAGAUGACCACUUGCGGAGUUCAUAUGGUGCUGAUGGUAAUCGGUUAUUUGUCCUACCUGCUCAUGGGGGCCGCUAUCUUUCAAGCUUUGGAGGAGCAGUCCGAGAGAAAAGUGAAGAGGGAGAUGGUAGAUCAGAAAAGAAUGUUUUUAGAAAACCACUCCUGUCUGUCAGAGGAAGCAAUGAGAAAUUUUUUACAGAUGAUGAUGAAAGCUCAACAAAAUGGAGUGAACUUGUUAGAAAUGGAGUCAUUAAAUCAAACCAACUGGGAUUUCAGUGGUUCCUUCUUUUUUGUUGGAACUGUUAUUACAACUAUAGGGUAUGGAUACCUGGCUCCUCGUACUGCCGGAGGUCAGAUUUUCUGUGUUCUCUUUGCAAUGUUUGGAAUCCCUCUGAAUCUGAUCGUCUUGAGCCGGGUGGGCAAACGGCUUUCCUCCUGUACAGAAAGACUGGACAAGCUGCUUUACAAGCAAGGAAUUGAAAAGAAAUUGGUGAAGUUUGUGACUAUGGUUUUUUUUCUUAUGAUGGGCAUCUUUCUAUUCCUGGCUAUUCCCCCCUUAGUAUUCCAUUCAAUUGAAGGCUGGAGCUAUAGAGAAGGAGUAUAUUAUGCAUUUAUAACUCUCAGCACCAUUGGCUUUGGAGAUUAUGUUGUGGGUGUAAAGAGUGGCAAGCCUUAUUAUCGCUUUCUUGUGGCCUUAUGGAUCCUUUUUGGGAUGGCAUGGUUGGCAUUUCUGUUCAACUUGCUGACCAAUUUUUAUACAGACACCGAAAAGAAGAUCACCAAAGUGCACCAGAAGAGGAAAGCAGCCAAAGCUGUGAAAGAUAUUGGGAAUGGCACCCCACCUGUUAGCCCCAUUUCCGAAGAGACUGUUGCCCUAGAGAUGAACUGCAGUACUCAGCAAACGAUGGUGCUGCUCUCAGAACAAGACAGUAUGGUACCCAGCAUGUAACCCAGAGGUGAGAAAGGGAGUCGUCAGUGAUCUUGAUAUCAGAGACUAAAAUGGCAAGCAGCUCUCACAGAGAGAUUCUUGAGCCACCAGUUACUUCGAUUGAACCCAUGUGGCACAGAGUACGAGUUUUAUUUUUAACUUUAUACCAAAUCUAAUUCCUGCCUCAUAGUUAUUACUGAAAUAAAGUGUUAUGUGUGUUGAGUUCUCCUCGGUUAGCUAUGAGGUGGCAUGUGUGUAAUAUUCGAUUACACAAUUAUUUAAUCUUUCAAUAUCAACAGAAUUUAUGUAUAAAUUAACAUGAUUGAAGUGAAAGGUUUGCAGUUCAAAAUGCGUUAAGUUUGUCGUCAAUCUAAUUCAGUGUGAUGGGUAUGUACACUCCCUACGUCUUACCAGUUGUCCAGCUCCUACGUGUAUGUAAAUAGCUGUAAAUAUUAUAACCAUUUCUUUGAAGUCGUGAAACAGGGUGAUGUCAACUAAGACAAUAUGCAUUUAUUUUAAACUAGUAUAAGGGCUAAAUGUAGAUUUAGUAAUGCCUCUGUGGCAACAACUUAUGUUUUGAUUUAAAAUUUGAUAUUUAACAUUAAAAAAAUGUUUUAUGAUGGUAAAUCAUUUUUGUCACUUGGAAAAUACCACAUGUGGUUAAUUUGUAUUGAGAAGCAUAUGUCUGUUGCUUAGCCCUGCGGUGGGCUGGCGCCCUGCCCGGGGUUUGUUUCCUGC